CAAUAGUAAAAGAGAGAAAUAAUGCAAAUGGCCUGAAAUCGUCUGUUAGUAUGACCAAACAAAUUUAUGUUUUUAAGAAUUAAUCGUUGAAACAUUUGAUAGGGAACAUCAAAUGAUUAUUGUGUGUUGCAAUAUUGCUAAUAUUAUUGGAUCUUAUUUAUUUUUAACAUAUAUUUAUACGUAGCUUACGAUUAUCUAAAUCUAAGGAAGUUAAAGAUUUUUUGCUUUCUGUCCGUAUAGAAAUUAAUGCUAUGCAUGAAAUAAAAUAAAAGAAACAUUAUAACUGUUAAUUUUGUAUCAUCGUAAAAGAUUUUAUAUUAAUUUUCAUUUUAAACAAUAAAUAAAAUUAUUACAAAAGUACUGCAUACAAUAUAUCUAUAGAUGCAUACAUUGUCUUUCAAUAAGGAUUAUGUAUACAGGUAUUUAUGCAAGAGCCUUCUAUCAAAUAGGAUACUAUUCCAGAAAGAUGCUAUUAACAUUUUUAUAUAUGAUAGCGACAACAAUUCAGACAUGGAGAAUUUCAUCCUUAAAAGCACGUUUAUGUGCUUUUUUUCAAGGAACAAAACACGAUAAACCAUCAAUUAUGCUCUAUGCUAAACCAUUGGCAUUCAUUAAUGAAGAAUAUAAUAAUCUAUCUAGUCCUUCAGGCAGUGAAAAUGGAGAAACAGAUAAUUUUAUGAGUUCUCAUCUUUGUCAAAAUAAAUCACUCGCAAAACUUGGAGAUUUACUUUGGAGUCAUGGCGAUGCAAGAUUAUGCACUAUAUAUCCACAACAAAAAAUUAACAUGUCCGAAUGGUUGGCCUAUCAAAAUGAAAAUCCUUUUAUACCUAUAUUCAAACAAAAUAUUAAUGUAACAUCGUUAAUUGAAGAUUAUAGAAUGCAUAUUUUAAUUGAAGCUGACUUUAAUAUGUAUCAACCAUAUAUCUCCACAAAUUCAAUGAAGCUAGAAGAUUAUGGUUUAAUUAUCAGUUGGAUGGCAGAUAAAAAUUUAAAUAUAAUUAUGGAGACUGACUUGGAUCUUAUAACUAAAUUUGCAAUUGCUGUAAUGGAAGGACAAUAUUAUAUUAACAAUGGUUUAACUUUAACACGUAUAUUGUCUGUUUCAGUAUCAGGGUAUCCAUGUACUUAUCAUAGCGAACAACUUUAUUCACUACCAGAUAAUAAAUUAACAGGAGUAGAAGAAUGGGAAACUUAUGUGAAGAAAUUGAGACUAAUAAGUAAUACUGCACGAUUAGCAUCGCAACAAAAUAAAUCAAUGGAUGUAGCCGAAAUGCCAGAUUUAUUUAUUUUUCCUAACGAUGAUUCCGCAAAUGUACAAAUAUCUACAGAUGAAAAAAUAGAAACUAAUAAUAUGAUUGAAAGUCCAAAUAAUAUUAAAACGUUACAAACUGCUGAGAGCCCAGUUUCUAUAGAUUCUGAGAUAAUUGAUACAAAAUCUAUGCAGACAGAAAAUGUUAAUAAUUUGGAGGAUUCUGAUAUACCAACGUUCAACGAUGUACCUGAAUCAAAUCGUGUUUCUUCAAUUAAAUCUAAUAUAAUAAAAACAACAUUAAAUAAGGAUAAGAUAAAAGAAACUUGUGAAGAUAUUGCAAAAUCUGCAUCUACAACUGAUGAUCAAGAUAAUAGUACAAAAACAACUGAAGCAGUAUCUACACCCAUUAUAAAAAGUCUUACUCCAAAAAGAACAGUUACGCCAUAUUCUAAGAAUUACAAACCACCUAAUGUUUUAAUUUAUGCCGAAAGUGCUGUAUCUCUCGAUAAUGUUAAAACAGUAUUAGAAGCUUCAUUAGGCACCGACAAAUAUAUAUUAUAUGUCCUAUCACGGGAAGAAGCAUGUUCUGAUGUAUGGAUGGAACAAGCAGCCCUUGUGGUUGUAUGCGGUAAUGUUGGGGUUGAAAUUAGUACUCAGCUCAUUGAAUAUAUUGUUCAUGGUGGAAAACUUCUAGCAUUAUGUUCCGAUACACUUCAUACUUUGCUUCCAUCUUUUAAAACGGCUGAGGUGCGUGAACAUGAACUCGUACAUUUCUCUUAUGGAAAAUGGAAACAUGUUCGCAUGAUGCAUCAUAUUUUUUGCUAUCAAGCAUCACCAGUGAGAACUCGAUUUUCUCAUGAAAAUGAAGAUAUAAACUUAACAGCUAUGAGUCCUCCUGUAUCGGCUACGGUAAAAGAUAAGACAGGCAAGUCACAUUCCUUCGGGAUAAAAGUAUUAGGAACGGAAGAAACAUGGCAUACUCCAAGUAUCAUACUUGCUAAUUUAACCGAUAGCAAUGGUAAGGCUGUAUUUUCACAGAUUCAUUUAGAGGCAGAUCCAGCACAAUAUGAGCUUGAAGAAAAUAAAUUUAAUGCUCUUAAAAAAAGUGAUCUGGCACGCUUAGAAAUAUUUAAUGAUCUAUUAAGUGUACAUUUAGGGAUAGAAGUAAAUCCAUUGUCAAAAAAAGCAUCAGUGAAUUAUACCCCAGCCUUUUUCUUAGGCAGACACGAGUUAAAAUUAGAGGUUUUGGAAAAGUUAAAAGAAAAGAUGCAUAAUGAUACAUUAAAAAUGCAAAAUUUAGAAAUACAAUUUUGUAAGAAAAAUAUCGAUAAAUCAGCAUCAUCCUCGUUUCUUCCAGUUAUGAUACAUCAAUGUCCUGAUAACUUUUCUACAAUUGAAUACUUCGAGAGUCUCAAAACAAAGGACUUGGGACGUUUGGUGAUAUAUGCAGAUAUCUUGACAUCAUCAAUGAAUGUUGUAAAUGGUCAAAAGUUGCAACACGGAUUGGUUGUCAUUCCAUAUCAACAAACUCAGGGACGAGGAAGAAAUAAAAAUGUAUGGCUUAGUCCCAAAGGUUGUGCAAUGUUUACCAUACAGCUUCACAUACCAAAAAACUCUUAUCUUGGUGUUCAUAUUUCAAUACUUCAACAUCUCGUUAUAGUUGGAAUCGUAUCAGCUGUAACAUCUGUACCUGGAUAUGAGGGAUUAGAUCUUAGAGUAAAAUGGCCUAACGACAUUUACGUUGGAAAAUCAACCAAAAUUGGUGGUAUAAUAGUUACUAGUCACUAUGAUAUGUCAUUAAUUAUAUGCAAUGCUGGUGUUGGCGUUAAUCUUUCAAAUAGUACACCUACGUGUUGUAUCAACGAUGUCAUUGCCGAAUAUAACAAAAUAAAAAAAACAAAUUUGCCACUUUUAUCUUAUGAACGUUACUUUGCUUUGGCGUUCAGUGAAAUAGAAUAUCUAUUAGAUAUUGUACAAAGUGGAAAUAUAGAUUAUUUCUUUCAAACUUAUUAUAAAUUUUGGUUACACACUGACACCGAAGUUACGGUUGUAUCGAGUAAUGGAGAUAGUGAGUUAGUUAAAAUAUUAGGCAUCGACGAAUAUGGAUUUUUAAAAGUACGAGGAAACAAAGGGAAUACAUUUUCGGUUCAACCGGAUGGAAAUAGUUACGAUUUAUUAAAAAAUUUAAUAAAGCCGAUAUAGAUCUAUUAGCAUUAAUCCAUUUACAAUAAAUUUUCAACGCUGAACUUUAUAAUAUCGUACAUAACAACGAUAGAUAUCGAGCAUAAAUAAUUAAAACAAUGAAAAGGAGAAACAAAAAAAAAAAA